AUGAAGGUUCAGCGCAGCCUGGCGCGACUGGACCUGGCCACCGCCAGGGCCAAGGCCGCCGCCUUUGCUGACUGCGUCCCUCAGACCUGGCAAGAGCCGGAGGCCGCCAGCCCGGCCGCCGCCACGCUGGCGCUGGCGCUGAGCCGCGCCGCCGCCGCCAAGGCCGCGGAGCGCCUCCUCUGCCGCACCGAGGCACUUGGGCGACAAGCAAGCAUCUCGCUGCGCGCGGACAUGUGCGAGGUCGCCUCGUGUGCUUUCCGGGCGGCCGCGGCUUUGGCGUCGGCGGUGGAUGCUGGACUCCAGCACGGAGAGGUGACCAUGGAAGCCGCCAGCAAGCUGGAGGCCCAGUGCAAGCAGGUGGAAUCGAAGCUCAAGGAGCUGAUGAAGAAGUGGCCUUUGGAGGCGCCCAGUCAGGCGUUGACCGUGUUGCAGGAGGUUGAAUCCUUGGCGGAGGGCAAGGAUGGAGACCGACGCGCGCUGCACUUCCAGCUGCAGCGCUUGCAGGCGGCCUUUGCCUUUGGCGUUGCGUCCUGCCCCAAGCCGGAGCCACCGCCGGCGGGGGCCCCAGCGCCUUUCGCAGCGAUCCAAAGCUGCGGAAGCGGCCCCGGAGCCGGAGCCGGCGGCCCCCGAGCCGGCGGCGGAGGAGGACGGCGCCAUGGCGGCGCUGAUGCGGCUGCAGAACCGCAAGAAGAAGGAGGAGGAGCCGCCUCCGGAGCCGGCGCCGGACGCCGCGGAGCCCGCGGCGCCCGCGGAGGCGGAGGCGGAGGCGGAAGCGCCGGCGGAGGCGGAGGCAGAGCCAGCGCCAGACCCGCGGGAGGCGUUCCAAGCGGAGGUGCCGUGCUGGGCCGAGCUGGAGCGGCGCUUGAAGCACAUGGGCUCCCAGCUCCGCGCCUCAGGCGCCACCAACCUGUCGGUCCCAGAGGAGCUGCUGCGAAUGGGCAAGGCCAUGGAGGUCGGCCUGAACCGAAGCACCACCGGCGGGGAGAAGGAGCCGCAGAGUCUGUGGCAGGCGCUGAAGGAGAGCGCAGAGCCGCUGCAGAAGUUCCUCAGCGUCCUGGAGGCGGCUGGUUCUCGCCAGACCUGUGA